AUGUCCAAUGAAACUCAAGACGACCCAACCAAAUCAGCUGAAGGAGCUGGUUCCGCAGAAGGCGCUCCUGCUCCACGUGGAGUUGGACGCGGUUCAACGGAACUAUCGCCCGAAACCAAAUCCGCUGAACGAGGAGUGUCCAACUCAGCGGAAGGACAAGAACUCGCAGAACCUCUGGAAGAAAUAAAACGCACUAUGGAGGAGGACGUUGAGAAGCCAGAAGAAAAGAGUUCUGCAACUGCUGUCAUGAAUAUAGAAAGAAGUCCUUUGAAAGAAUCAGCCAUGCUUGAUCCGACGAAACCGAGCGAAUUCGCACCGAAUAUAAUAGACCUAGUACAACGCUACGAAGAACAACCAACAAUGAAAGAUGUGACUUUACGAGUAGUUAAAGCAAAAAAACCAUUGCAAAAACCGAGAGGAAGAAGAGGACGGAAGCCAGGAUACAGCGAAGAAACCGUAUUCGACAACAUUGAAGAAGAUAAAAGCGGCAGAACAAAGUCAGAGAAAGAAAGAAAGGCUGCAAAGCGGAAAGAACAAGGAGGAGAAGGAAACUUUGGUUACGAUAACUUGGGUGAAGCAUCUAAGGAAGAUGAAGAGAAAAGAGCUGCAGAAGGAAGAGUACCCAUCAGAGAGAAGGAGGGACAACAAGACUACGAUGCCUAUGAAAAUUUGCCUACUCCACCAAAAUCACCGAAGGAUAAGGAGAAAAAGAGAAAAUCACUUCAGAAACAAGCAGCUACGGGACAAAAGGUGGACGCUGGAGAGAUGCGUACUGCAGAAAGAAUGGUAACAAAACGUGAACAAGCACGAAAACAUGGAUUGGUGUCCGAUAAAACACUUGCUCUAGACAAAACAGUGUCAUUGUCACGUGAAAUGGCAACACAAAGGGAUGGCAGAUCUAGAAUGGAUAUGCAGGAUCUUCUUGAACUCGAUGAAACAAUUGCUACUGGACUUUAUGAUAUGGACGAAGAUGUAAAUGAUUUGGAAACGGCAAUAUCGACUCAUCAGGAUAAAAAACGACUUGAAAUGAAGUAUAGAAGAGGUAGAGUGAGAUCACGAAAACCCACAAGAGCCAGCACUAUUGUGGAUAUUCUUAGUAUAAUGUGUUUGCUACCGUUAAUGAAUGACUAUUGGGUUGUUCCUGUAGAAGCCGUAGAGAACGGAGGGCUUGCAUUUAUACUGGUGUACCUUAUAGUAAUAGUCAUCUUUGUUCAUCCAGUGCUUAGUUUUGUACUAUUUAUUUCACAGUAUACACAAACGGGACUUACAUAUAUUUUUAAAAUGUAUGGACCUAUUUUUGAAGGUUUUGGUUAUGGAUAUAUGAUGCUAAUUUUUGUAGUACAAAUGACAAUUGUUCAUCAAGGAUCAAUUCUUCUCAAACAUCUUAGUCUCACCUUCUAUGAAAAUCUAUCCAUUGGGACUUGUAGUGAACUUAUCGUAGAAGAUUGGUCAAAGUGCUCCUCAAUUUUCCUUGACUCUCACUGUGUGGCACGUAAUAAAAGUUAUGCCUACUACGCACAAGGUUUCUGUUGGAAUGUUCCUGUUUUUGACGCUUCCGAAGUGACGACAUCGCAAGAUUCUUACAUUAAGUUUCUUCUUGAGCCAGAGUUUGCGCACGGUUUCGAUUUUGGUAUAUUCAUACGAUACCUUUUGCAACUAUCCAUAAUUGCGCUACUUGCCCUCAACGGUCCAAUAGUAACCAUAUUCUGUUUAGCUGUAUUAACGAUUAUAUUCGUGCUGAUUGUUUUAACGGACAAUGUGUUCUCUUUCAAUCGAAGAUCACUCGCAAUGCUACUUCGAUUAUCGAAUUUUCAGCGACUGCUUAAAAUUGAUCCAUGGGUAACUGUACUACGACUAGCAUUUUCCUCAUCUGGUCUUGGAGAGGUUACUGUAUUUUGCAUGUCAUCUUUCCGAAAUCCUCGUGCUAAAUACUUCUUGACGGCUACCUUUGUUAUCAUUGGAAAAAUACUUAUUUGUAUUUUGGGCUUAUUCUCGUUACUAAAUAAUAUUGAUAUGCUCGAUAAGUUUGUUCCAAACAGUAAAAAAGCAUUUUCGCCGAAACAUUCAGACAUUACACAUUCUUCUGCACUCAUGGUUGAUGUAUAUAGCAUGUUUCACGAAUUUUCACGCAAUCUAUACGAUCAUGGUGAACUUGUUUAUGUUUACCACAUAAUUACCUCAUUAGCCGCUAUGUUCAUGAUCUUCACUGUAGCAAGAAAACAUGAUGCCGAUAGCUUUAUAGAACGUGUCCCUUUUGUUGGGGCAUAUGCAAUACUCUGUUGUUUUUACACAUCUAUUGCCUGUCUUGACUUUUUCCAAGUUUUGAUGAACAGGCACAGAUCAUUAAUCUUGAAUUGUUCUCUACAUUUCUACAUGGCUUUCACAAUUUUUCUUCUUAUAUAUGGCUACGGAAUCAAAGAUUAUCACGAAGAUAUAAGAGCAGUUUUUCCACGAACAAAUGCUAAACUACGCAUGGUCCGCGAAAUUUUUCAAUCUAUAGCAUUUCUACUUUCAGUAGUUGCUCUACUGCUGUUGCAAGGUUACGAACUAGUUGUUGUGGGUUUUGAAGAGCGAAAGAGAUUAAGAGAGCUGGCUGCGAAGGGAACCAAAUGGGAACUGACACAAGAAAUCUUGUCGAUCGUCCUAGCACUACUUCCCUUUCUUCUUCCCAUAGGAUUCUGUAUCUAUAGAUGUUUCACCGUAAAAAGGAAAAACUGGCUACAAAUUUCCCAUGAGCAUCCUACAAUUCGAUUCCACAUUAUAAAAGCAAAACUUGCAAAGAAGAGAAGAGCAGCGUUGAAGAGCAGGAUAUCAAGACGAACGCAAGCAACCAGCACAAGUCAAACUAUCACUGGCGAUUUGGACGUGUUUGACGUCAUUGAGGAGGAUCAAAUUAAUCCUGAAGAUUUUGAAUCAACAAAAGCUGUAGAACAAAAAACGGGAGAAAAAGUUGGCAAAAAAGAGGAGGAAAAGAAAUCACCAGGUGGAAAAGGAGUUGUCUCACAAAGUAAAGCAUCAAAAGAGGGAAUUUCCGGAUCAGUUGAAAAUGUCGGUGAUGGUAAAGGAGGAGGACAUGACGAGAAAUUAAAAUCGAAGGAAUUAACAAAAAGUCGAUAG